CAGCCUGCAGCACACACAUCACACGGGCUCCCUCUGUCACCAACCCAGUCGAUGGGUCGGACGGGUGACCACCACGCCGUCGACGGCCGGCUGGAGGCGCUGCUCUCCGGCGCCGGCGAGGGCGGCUCCGGUCCAUGGCUCCGGCGCAUAGCGGCGGCGGCGGCGCUGGACCUGCGGCUGCUGGCGCCCCUCGCCGUGCCGGCCGUGGUGGUCUACAUGCUUAUCAUCGUCAUGUCGUCGACCACGCAGAUCGUCUGCGGCCAGCUCGGCAACGUCCAGCUCGCCGCCGCCUCCCUCGGCAACAAUGGCAUCCAGGUCUUCGCCUACGGCCUCAUGCUUGGCAUGGGCAGCGCGGUGGAAACGCUGUGCGGGCAGGCGUACGGCGCCGAGAAGUACGAGAUGCUGGGCGUGUACCUGCAGCGCUCCACGGUGCUGCUCAUGGCCACCGGCGUGCCGCUCGCCGUCAUGUACGCCUUCUCGGAGCCCAUCCUCCUGCUGCUCGGCCAGUCGCCGGAGAUCGCCGGCGCCGCCGCGGAGUUCGCCUACGGCCUCAUCCCGCAGAUCUUCGCGUACGCCGCCAACUUCCCCAUCCAGAAGUUCCUGCAGGCGCAGAGCAUCGUGGCGCCCAGCGCCUACAUCCUCGCGGCCAGCUUCGCGCUCCACGUGCCGCUCAGCUGGAUCGCCGUGUACGCGCUGGGCCUGGGCCUGCUCGGGGCAUCGCUCACGCUCAGCCUCACGUGGUGGGUGCUCGUCCUGGGCCAGUUCGCGUACAUCGUGUGGAGCCCGCGGUGCAAGGACACGUGGGCCGGGUUCACCUGGGCCGCCUUCGCCGACCUGCCGGGGUUCGCCGGCCUGUCCAUCGCGUCGGCGGUGAUGCUGGCGCUCGAGGUCUGGUACUUCCAGGUGCUCAUCCUCCUCGCCGGCAUGCUGCCGGACCCGCAGGUCGCGCUUGACUCACUCACUGUCUGCACUUCGAUCCAGUCAUGGGUGUUCAUGAUCUCUGUGGGCUUCAAUGCAGCUGCCAGUGUGAGAGUAGGGAAUGAGCUUGGCGCCGGCAACCCCAGGUCUGCCGCGUUCUCUGCAUGGAUGGUCACCGCCCUGUCGGCCUUCGUAUCAGCAAUAGCUGGUCUCGUCACUUUCCUGCUGAGGGACAAGCUCAGCUACAUCUUCACCACCGGCGAGGUCGUCUCGCGCGCCGUAGCCGACCUGUGCCCCUUGCUCGUUGGGACCAUUCUGCUCUGCGGGAUCCAGCCCGUGUUGUCAGGUGUGGCCGUUGGCUGUGGGUGGCAAGCAAUGGUAGCGUACAUCAACAUUGGAUGCUACUACUUCAUCGGCAUACCCAUCGGUGUGCUUCUUGGAUUCAAGUUUGACUUUGGAAUCAAGGGAUUGUGGGGAGGCAUGAUUGGGGGCACCCUGAUCCAAACACUUAUUCUGAUCUGGAUCACGUUGAGAACCGACUGGAACAAGGAGGUUGAGGAAGCGCGGAAAAGAUUAGAUAAAUGGGACGACACAAGGCAGCCUCUUCUCGCAAACAAGGAGUGAUGAUGCCAGGUGUGGAUGAAAAUCCAACAUGUCCUGCUAACUGCAAUGAUAAACUACGGAGCUGAGAGAUGUACUGAAUACUGAUGCAUAGCCUUUUUUUUUUCUAGAACAUGUCCUAAUUAGAAGUUCAGUCGGUUCUCGUAUGAGAUCAUGCUAAACUUCAGAAUUCACAAACUAUUCUCCUCACACACUGCUGACUUCCAUUGUAACUCAGCCUUGACAUGUGUGUUGUGAUGUAGAUUCCGUCUACCA